AUGGAAAUGGCCAUUAAAGGCCAACCAAAAUGGAAUGAGAAGUUUGUUGCUGCAGUGGGGCUUGGAGACCUGCGACGUAUCCUUGCGGCGUCUCUGCGGAAAGGUGGUCUCGAGGUACUCUGCGAUAAAUCCGAUCAGAGAAGAGAUCACACGUCUGUACACAUGAAGAAUCUGCGUGGACUCGGCGUGUGUCUUCUGUGUCUGCAGACAUAUCUGUUUGUGGCGUCUGAUGAGAUCUAUGAGGCCGGAAAAGACGCCAAACUGCCUUGUGACUUGCAGGGGGACGUGGAGUGGAGGAAAGACAACCAACUGCUGGUGAGAAGACCGAAAAUAAGGAAUGGCUUUGUCAGCCCCAUGAAGGGGAAAGAUGAUUCUCGUUUCAAGCUCUCAGAGGACUCUACAAACAACUUGGAUAUAAUUAAAGUCGACGUCUCCGAUUCCGGGGCUUACACUUGUGUGAAGGACAAAGACACGCGGACAGUACAACUUAUAGUCCUCAAAGUGGUGGCCUAUCCUUCCAAGACCCUCCUGGCAUCGGAGGACCUAACGCUGACCAUUGAAGCCCCACCUAGAAUGUCUCUCACUGUGUCCUGGUUGAAGGAUCAAAAGAAGAUCUCAAGUGAGCCCGUCCUGAAGAAGAACAAUGUCCAAAUAGAAGACAGUGGAACGUACGCGUGCCAAGUUAGGAUGGACGAUGGAUCGGGAAAGACCUUUGCAACAGAUAUAGCAAUACGAGUUAGUGGCUUCUAUCGCUCUCCACACAUCGUCUAUGUAUCUGGAAAGCGCCCGGUCACCAUUCCUUGGUACUUCAAUUUCGAGGUGCGGCGGACCCCCUUAGAAAAGGAUGUGAGAGUCGUGAGUGGCAACAUCACUCAUUCAUUACAGAUGAUUAAAAAGCUAACGGCAGAAAGUGGAGCCGCGUGCUGGGAUACACCUUGCAGCACAAAAGUACAAGAAAGCUCUUAUAGGGACCUGAGUUAUCACCUUAAAAACCCGAAAAGUGGCUUCUAUCAGAUGGAGGUCGUCCUACAGCUCGAAACCCGGCAGAAACAUCUGUCCAGGGAGGUGUGUGUGGGCAAUCUGACAGUGUCUGCGUCAGAGAGCGUCCCCAGCAUGGAGUCCAACGUGUCCCUCCGGUGCGACAUAAACUGUCUGGACACAGACAAGAGACUUUGCUGGUACUUUAAUGUGAUCGGGCGCGAGGUGUGUGGGCCGCCGGGCCAGAAAUCCUUCACCAAAAAUAUCACCGCUGUACCAGAGACGCUGGGGAACUGGACCUGCAGUGUUAUGGAUGGAAAAAAUGCCGCUGUCAGCACUAUCCUGAUACUGAAAGUGACCCCGGGCUUUUUCCAUCCAUCUAACCCCCUGUUAUGGGUGAUAGUGGCAGCGGGAGUCCUUGUACUCCUAUUUACUGUGGUCAUCAUCACAGUGGUGACGGCUCGCCGCCGCAGGAUGCGACGUGCGCGGUACAGAGCCUGGCUACUGGAGAAUCUGCACCAGCACAGGGUGUGUGAGUGCAAUGGGUUUGCACCUAAAAGGCUCAGAGAGAACAUCUAAAUGCAGAAUAUCGCACUGAUUGUCCCUGCAGGCUAUUGGACUUCUAUAUGGAAUAGCUCCUUAUACUGGAAGAAGCCAAUCAGAGGUCAGAUGUAUCCAAGGAAUUCAAAUGGAAAAAAAGAAAA